AGACACUUCUGUGUUCUAUGCUUUUAGAUGAUGCCUUUAGUGAUGCCUACACUGCGCAGAUAGGAUCUAAGUGUUUUGCUCAAGGACACUUCGGCAGGGCACAUGGAAGCUGGCGGACACGCUGUCUGCUUCUCUGUAAGUCUCUGUGAAUCAGAAACCCUUCGGCAGGUGUUUUCCACACCUGACUCUGUCUCGCUUCUGUCUCUUUACUUUUCCACUGCACAGUCCUUAUCAGCUGCAGAACAUAAACUCAUAGAUUCUGGGCAGGGGAUAGAUGUCGGAUAAGCUGACGUGGGAAAGGCUCCAGCCGCUGCCACACCUCCAUCACCUUAAGCAAGGUUGUGGUUUUGGACACGUAACCCGACACAUUCAGAUAUAAAAGCCUCGAUCGGACCCCGCCAAGUUCAGUCAGUCAAUAUGAGGGGGCUGCUCGCACUUACCGUGCUGUUCGUGGCCGUUUUCGGCAAGGAGACUUUUGAGGGGCACCAGGUUCUUCGCAUGUAUGCCAAGAAUGAAGACCAGCUGGCUCUUAUCAACGACCUGGAGGACAACCACGAGUUUGAGCUGGAUUUCUGGAGGGGAGUGACAGAUGUUAGAACCCCUGUGGAUGUUAGAGUUCCCCACCACAACCUGCGGUCCAUCAAAAUUCACCUGGAGAGUAACGCCAUCGAUUACUCCAUCAUGAUCGGAGACCUUCAGGCGAUGCUGGAUGAGGAGCGGAUGGAGAUGGUCUCUGCUGCUCGUGUUCCUGAGCCCAAAAACGCUGACAGCUACGACUAUGCCAGGUACCACCCCAUCAAUGAGAUCUACAGUUUCCAGGACAUGCUGGUGGCUGAGAAUCCCAAAUUGGUCAGCAAGAUUGUGAUCGGCAAGAGCUACGAGGGUCGUCCCCUGAAUGUGCUCAAGUUCAGCACCGGAGGAACCAACCGUCCCGCCAUCUGGAUCGAUACUGGAAUCCACUCCAGAGAGUGGGUCACUCAGGCCAGCGGCACCUGGUUCGCCAAAAAGAUUGUGGAUGACUACGGACGUGACCCCGCUCUCACCGCCAUCCUCAACAAGAUGGACAUCUACCUGGAGAUCGUGACCAACCCCGAUGGCUACUACUUCUCCCACACCAGCAACCGUAUGUGGCGCAAGACCAGGAAGCCCA